AGAGUUGUCUCGCUGUGAACUAGGAUGUCGUUGUUUAUGUGACUGUCAUUUAAAAGCAGGGGAUUUAGAGACUUUGGAGACACGUGCACACGUGUUAUCCUACUUUUAGACGACCACUUUACAGUAUUAGCUCAGAGAGAAAGAAGAGGAGGAGACUGCAGGAGAGACAAAAAGGUCAGCAUCUUGCCUACUGAGUUACAUUACAGUUAGCGCUGUUGGACAAACAGAGAACACAGAACACUGUGUUGGCAGGGUUUGACUUACUUUGACUGCAUCAUUUAUAGUAUCAGUAUUCAAUUUAUAUUGAAAAGGUUGGAAGAGAAAAAUAGGCAUCAUGACACAGCAGGUCAGUGCCUCAUCAGUCCUCAAGCCCUUCUUUCUGAAGACACCUGUCAGAGUGGUUAACCCUCUGCGACAGCGACGACACACACUCCCUGCUAGCGAGUUCAGAAACCUCACGCCACAGGACGCCAUCAGUGUGUUUGAGAUUGAAAGAGAAGCAUUUGUCUCUGUGUCUGGAGAGUGUCCACUUACCCUGAAAGAAGUGCUUAACUUCCUGGGUCAGUGCCCUGAGCUGUCGCUGGGUUGGUUUGAGGAGGGACAGCUGGUAGCUUUCAUUAUUGGCUCUGGCUGGGACAAGGAGAGGCUUUCACAGGAGGCAAUGACUCAGCAUAUCCCAGACAACUCCACUGUGCACAUCCAUGUUCUGUCAGUGCACCGUCACUGUCGCCAGCAAGGCAAGGGCUCCAUCCUCUUGUGGCGCUAUUUGCAGUACCUGCGCUGUGUGCUGGGCCUUCACCGAGCUCUGCUGAUUUGCGAGGAUUUCCUGGUGCCCUUCUACCUCAAGGCCGGCUUUAAGGAGAAAGGACCAUCAGCCAUCUCCAUACCCAACAUGCAAUUCCAAGAGAUGGAGUACAUGCUCGAUGGGCAGGUGUACGCACGGCGGAACAGCGGUUGCUAGUCCAUGAGCCCCUGCCCUAUUCUACUCCACUUACUCACCUCUAACAUGGACUCAUGGCAGAUAAUGUAAGAUUAACAAAACAGAGCCAACAGAGGGACAGAUAAAGGCGCAGGGCCAGUAUGCACCAGGGGACUGAGUUCCGUAUUGGCAACAAGGUCUUAGACCUCCUAAUGUCAGCACCUUACAGUAUCCCACUGUGUGAGAACAGAAGGGACCAGAGUGGAUUCAUGCAAAAAGAGGAACCAGUGGCUUUGCAGUUAUAUUGACUUAUCAGACAUCAAAUUAUACUCUGGGUCACCAUGAGAAUCUUGGCUUUUUGAGCUUAUGUUGUUUCUCCAUAAUUGUUAUUUGUCAGAUUACUCACAAUUUACUAUUUGUAAUGUAAUCGAGGCAAUUGAUUGUAAUAUUAUAUAAAUGUAAAUAUUGAGCAUUACAGCUAGAGUUGUGAUGUAAAUACUAUUCUAUUUUUGUAAACCAUAUAAAUCAAAAGGUGUGAUGAAUUCAAGUUUGUACAUACUGAUCAUGCAGCCACUAGCAUCCAAGCGUUUUUAACUUGGAUUGUCAAUUUAAUAUUUGUAGCAGAUAUUUGCGGUUUCUUUGUUGCAUAAUUUGAAUAAACUAUAAAACAAUCUUCAA